AUGGCGGCGCUGAAUGCGGGAGCUGUGGCACGAGCGCCUUCAUGUGGUAGCGCCAAGGGGCUCCUACGGGUCCCUGUGUUCCUCGCCUUUGUUACCCUCGUUAGAGGUGGAAACAUCUUCGGCGGCGGCCAGCAGUAUGCUUUACAAGGCGCGGGUUUCCAAGGACCACUGUAUGCUGCGGCUGCUACUCCUGGCAUCUCCGCUGCUGGUGCCUCCUACCAGCCUCCCCAACCGUACAGCUUCGGUUACGACUCUACGGAUGAAUUUGGCACCCAGCUUUUUCACAAGGAACAAGGGGACGCCAGCAACGCAAAGUCUGGUUCGUACGGUUAUCGUGACGCAAACGGCCUCUUCCGCACAGUGAAGUACGUGGCCGAUGCCAACGGAUUCCGUGCCACUGUGGACACCAAUGAGCCCGGCACCGCUCCGGGUGCUAGCGCAGACGCCGUGUUCAACGCUAAUCCUGUGGCGGCACCUGCUGAAGCGGGUGGUCCCUGGGCUGGCUAG